AUGUCAUUAGGCCAAAUUCCAUUGGAACUGAUGCCUCAGCAGGCGAGAGCGGGCCCUGGACAUGACUGGACAGGGGUCAGCGAUCGGAAGGCGAGGAAGAAGAUGCAGGAUCGAAUUAAUCAACGGCUGAAGCGACAGCGAAUGAUUGCUGCAAGGGCUCAAGAUUGCCUGUCGGAACAGAGGCAAAAUAUAAACGAACCCUUCAUCGUCGGCCAAAGCCAGAGCUUUAUACCUGAUCAGCAGUAUACCAUGAGUCACUCAUGGUCAGAGACAAGUUAUACGGCUGUCCAAUCAUCAUCCCAGUCAUCGAUGUCGAUGCUCAGAUCCUUUACCGCCUGCAAACCCGAAGGCGAUGAAACUGCACAAUUCAUCUCCCGGUUUUCUGCAUGGGCACAUCGAGAGUACCUUAGAGGCUUUCCCGAGGCUGAUACGCUACUCAGCCUCAUUCAAUUCAAUACCACUAGGGCCCUUGUGAUAAUUGCCAAUUCCAUGGGUCUCACAAAGGAAUCCAUGACGCCUGAUGCUCGAUCGCGACUGACCAUCGCUGGAAUCGAUACAGCUAUUGUUGGAUCAUUACCUCCUAGUCUACAGCCAACAAAUUUACAACUCAGCGUCAGUCACCAUCCAUGGGUUGAUAUUAUACCAAUAGCUGGGAUACGAGACAAUAUUCUACUUCGUGACGAAGCCCUCUAUGACAAAGCCGAGCUAUGCCGCGACUUGAGAGGGUUUCAGCAAGUGGCACACGGCCAUGGCGGUAUGAAGAUAUGGAAAGACCCAUGGGACCCCGACGGAUGGGAAUUCUCCGAAGCCUUCGCCAUCAAGUGGCCAUGGGUUAUCAGGGAAUGCCACGAACUGCUUGAGAGCACAAAUCGCUGGCGGAAAAUGAGGGAUGAAGCACCUCUGGGAAGCGGAUUCAUAUUUGGUGAACUGGAUACAUGA